AUGAGAAAGUAAACUAAAUUUAAAUUUAAUUAGAGCAUUAAAUGAUGAAGAAGAAACUUAAAAAUUUUUAUGCUUUUCCUUUUAAUUUCCAUCAAAGUAUUUACCUGCUAUUUUCUUUCUGUUAAUGAAUUUAAUUUUAUUUCCAAGAAUAGAUUUAAUAGGAGCUACAAUAUUUUCAUUUAUUGAAAAUUAAUUUUUUGAUGGAUUCUCUUUUAAAUUAUCUAAUGUAAUUAGAAGAAUUAUUCAAGGAAUUCUAAAAAUAAUGUGACAAUAAAUUUCCAUUUAAAUAUUUUUCAAGCCGACUUGAUUUUGUAACUGCAGAAUAGAUUGAACCAUUUGAUUCAAAGAAACAAGUAUCUUCACUUGAGUUUGGAAUAAUAUCAACAACAGAGAUUAAGCCUAAAACAGAAAAAUAGAAUUGAAUAAUAGUUUAUUUAAGUUAUUAAUAAAUAAAAG